AUGGCGAGCCCCACUAAACCUGCCUGUAGUGAAGAAGUGCACGGAGGUCCCCAUUUAGAAAGGAAUUCUUCCAUUGGCAGGCUAAAAAGAAUGGAAGCCUCAAUCAAAGCUGUGCAAACCCACGUCGGUGGUGCUUUCUCUUCUUUGACCAGCCGGGACAGAGCACAGAUAAUGAGCAUUGGCAUCAGAACGCCAACAAGAACUUUUAAAGGACUAGUGGACACGGCGAGCGAUCUGAUUUGGUUUUAUUGCGAUCCCUUCAAUCAUUUCCAUAUUUACCCUACGUUCUAUCAGUCAGAUUCCUCCACUUAUGAACGGGUUCCCUGUUCUUCUUCUUUCUGCUCUGCCCUUGGCAAUUCAACCUGUGCGCCUGACUGUCGAUAUUCUCAUUUAUACAGCCAAAGCUGGAUCACGCGGGGAGACUUGUCAUUUGAGACGUUCAACGUGGGUAAUCAUUCCUUUGGCGGAGUAGCCUUUGGGUGCAGCAAUGAGACAUACGGAGAUGGUUUGGUCAUAGCCGACGGCGUGUUGGGGCUCGGCCGAGGAAAGUUAUCUCUUAUCUGA